AUGCUGAUUUUAGCGAAGAUCCGAAGGUUAGAGGAACCAGGUUGCAGACUCGGGACGCUGAUGAUGCUGAUUUCAGUGAAGAUCCUAAGCGAAGAUCCGAAGGUUAGAGUAACCAGGUUGCAGACUCGGGACACUGAUGAUGCUGAUUUCAGUGAAAAUCCGAAGGUUACAGUAACCAGGUUGCAGUCUCGGGACGCUGAUGAUGCUGAUUUCAGUGAAUAUCCUGAGGUUAGAGUAACCAGGUUGCAGACUCGGGACGCUGAUGAUGCUGAUUUCAGUGAAAAUCCGAAGGUUAGAGGAACCAGGUUGCAGACUCGGGACGCUGAUGAUGCUGAUUUCAGUGAAAAUCCGAAGGUUAGAGUACCAGGUUGCAGACUCGGGACGCAGAUGAUGCUGAUUUCAGUGAAGAUAAGAAGCGAAGAUCCGAAGGUUAGAGUAACCAGGUUGCAGACUCGGGAUGCCGAUGAUGCUGAUUUCAGUGAAAAUCCGAAGGUUAGAGUAACUAGGUUGCAGACUCGGGAGGCAGAUGAUUCUGAUUUCAGUGAAGAACCGAACGUUAGAGUAACCAGGUUGCAGACUCGGGACGCAGAUGCUGCUGAUUUCAGUGAAGAUCCGAUGGUUAGAGUAACCAGGUUGCAGACUCGGGACGCAGAUGAUGCUGAUUUCAGUGAAGAUCCGAACGUUCGAGUCACCAGGUUGCAGACUCGGGACGCAGAUGAUGAUGCUGAUUUCAGUGAAGAUCCGAACGUUAGAGUAACCAGGUUGCAGACUCGGGACACUGAUGAUGCUGAUUUCAGUGAAGAUCCUAAGGUUAGAGUAACCAGGUUGCAGACUCGGAACGCUGAUGAUGCUGAUUUCAGUGAAGAUCCGAAGGUUAGAGUGACCAGGUUGCAGACCCGGGAGGCAGAUGAUGCUGAUUUUAGCGAAGAUCCGUAUGUUAGAGUAACCAGGUCGCAGACUCGGGACGCAAAUGAUGCUGAUUUUAGCGAAGAUCCGUAUGUUAGAGUAACCAGGUCGCAGACUCGGGACGCAAAUGAUGCUGAUUUCAGUGUAGAUCCUAAGGUUAGAGUAACCAGGUUGCAGACUCGGGACGCAGAUGAAGCUGAUUUCAGUGAAGAUCCGAAGGUAAGAGUAACCAGGUUGCAGACUCGGGAUGCGGAUGAUGCUGAUUUCAGUGAAGAUCCUAAGGUUAGAGUAACCAGGUUGCAGACUCGGGACACUGAUGAUGCUGAUUUCAGUGAAAAUCCGAAGGUUAGAGUAACCAGGUUGCAGACUCGGGAGGCAGAUGCUGCUGAUUUCAGUAAAGAUCCGAAGGUUAGAGUAACCAGGUUGGUAACCAGGUUGCAGUCUCGGGACGCUGAUGAUGCUGAUUUCAGUGAAGAUCCUAAGGUUAGAGUAACCAGGUUGCAGACUCGGGACACUGAUGAUGCUGAUUUCAGUGAAAAUCCGAAGGUUAGAGUAACCAGGUUGCAGACUCGGGAUGCCGAUGAUGCUAUUUUCAGUGAAGAUCCGAAGGUUAGAGUAACCAGGUUGCAGACUCGGGAGGCAGAUGCUGCUGAUUUCAGUAAAGAUCCGAAGGUUAGAGUAACCAGGUUGCAGUUUCGGGACGCAGAUGAUGCUGAUUUCAGUGAAGAUCCGAACGUUCGAGUCACCAGGUUGCAGACUCGGGACGCAGAUGAUGCUGAUUUCAUUGAAGAUCCGAACGUUGGAGUAACCAGGUUGCAGACUCGGGACACUGAUGAUACUGAUUUCAGUGAAGAUCCGAAGGUUAGAGUAACCAGGUUGCAGACUCGGGACGCAGAUGAUGCUGAUUUCAUUGAAGAUCCGAACGUUGGAGUAACCAGGUUGCAGACUCGGGACACUGGUGAUACUGAUUUCAGUGAAGAUCCGAAGGUUAGAGUAACCAGGUUGCAGACUCGGGACGCAGAGGAUACUGAUUUCAGUGAAGAUCCAAAGGUUAGAGUAACCAUGUUGCAGACUCGGGAUGCAGGUGAUGCUGAUUUCAGUGAAGAUCCUAAGGUUAGAGUAACCAGGUUGCAGACUCCGGACGCAGAUGAAGCUGAUUUCAGUGAAGAUCCGAAGGUUAGAGUAACCAGGUUGCAGACUCCGGACGCAGAUGAUGCUGAUUUCAGUGAAGAUCCGAAGGUUAGAGUACCCAGGUUGCAGACUCGGGACGCAGAUGAUGCUGAUUUCAGUGAAGAUAAGAAGGUUAGAGUAACUAGGUUGCAGACCCGGGAGGCAAAUGAUGCUGAUUUUAGCGAAGAUCCGAAGGUUAGAGUAACCAGGUUGCAGACUCGGGACGCAAAUGAUACUGAUUUCAGUGAAGAUCCGAAGGUAAGAGUAACCAGGUUGCAGACUCGGGAUGCAGAUGAUGCUGAUUUCAGUGAAGAUCCGAACGUUCGAGUCACCAGGUUGCAGACUCGGGACGCAGAUGAAGCUGAUUUAACUGAAGAUCCUAAGGUUAGAGUAACCAGGUUGCAGACUCGGGACGCUGAUGAUGCUGAUUUCAGUGAAGAUCCGAACGUUAGAGUCACCAGGUUGCAGACUCGGGAUGCAGAUGAAACUGAUUUCAGUGAGGAUCCGAAGGUUAGAGUAACCAGGUUGCAGACUCGGGACGCAGAUCAUGCUGAUUUCAGUGAAGAUCCGAAGGUUAGAGUCACCAGGUUGCAGUCUCGGGACGCAGAUGAUGCUGAUUUCAGUGAAGAUAAGAAGGUUAGAGUAACCAGGUUGCAGACUCGGGACGCAGAUGAUGCUGAUUUCAGUGAAGAUCCGAAGGUUAGAGUCACCAGGUUGCAGUCUCGGGACGCAGAUGAUGCUGAUUUCAGUGAAGAUCCGAACGUUAGAGUAACCAGGUUGCAGACCCGGGAGGCAGAUGAUGCUGAUUUUAGCGAAGAUGCGAAGGUUGUAGUAACCAGGUUGCAAACUCGGGACGUAGAUGUAGCUGAUUUCAGUGAAGAUUCGAAGGGUAGAGUAACCAGGUUUCAGAUUCGGGACGCUGAUGACUUUGUUUAUGAUAGAGAUCCAAAUGUUGAAGCAAACAGGUUACAGAUUCGAGACGCUGACUAUGUUGAUAUUAGUAAAGAUCCCAAUAACAAAACAACAAAGAAAACAAUAAAAGCUGCUCAUAAAGCUGGAUUUAGUGACCUUUCAAACCGAAAUAUCUCUGAAAAACUUUUUAUGACGGCCAUGAACGCCGAGCAGUCAAGAGAAAAUGGAAAUCAUCAAGAUGUAAAAGAAGCUUCUUACAACGGGAUGUGUUUAUUCCAAAGGAAAUCGUUUUAUGAUGACUUUCAAGAUACUGUAGGCUGGUUGUCCGAAGUGAAAGCGGUUUCAAGGCGUCAUAUACCAGAAAAUGCGAUGACAUUCUUGGACUAA